UGGAUCUAGGAUAACCCGCGGGCGCCUGGCCCAGCCUGCGAGGCCCGCCGAACCCCCGCGAAACCCCCGUGCCCUGGGACCUCCGUCUUCCUUGUGAUUUGGCCCCAGUGAACGUGCUGGUUGGAAGCACGUGCGGGGCGCUCGUCCAGGAGACGCUUUCUGGUGUCUGAAGCCAAGAAGUUCUGUGCCGCAGGGAACAUGGAGAAUGAGGAAAAAGUCAUCAACAAAGGCGAGGAAGAGGAGAUGGAGAUCUACGGUUACAAUCUUUGCAAGUGGAAGCUGGCGUUAGUUGCUGGGGGGGUGCUUUGCACUGGGGGCUUCCUCCUCCUCCUCCUCUACUGGAUGCCCGAGUGGCGGGUGAAAGCAAUGUGCCGGAGGGCUCCGCUCAGAGGCUGCGAAGUGGUGCUGCUGAGGACCACGGAUGAAUUCCACAGCUGGUUUUGUGCAAAGGUUCGCAUUGUGCUUUCUUUGGGAUCCGAUCCACUGCAGACUCCAGCGUUCUUGAGAGAGAAGGUGACCAAUGGCGUCAGCGACCAUUUAUGUAUAGAUGCCUUGGAAGACAAUGAUCAGAACAGAUUCUCCCAGGGCCAGUUGCAGGAGAUCCGGCAUUUUACCCACCACAGUGUGAAGUAUUUCUGGAACGAGGGGGUCCAAACCUUCAGCUCCAUAAAGGGCCUGGAGGGAUCCGUUUCCUGUUCGUCAGUCCACAGCGAGCACAGCGCAGGACUGACCAAGGGGGUCCGGGAUUAUAGAAGAUUGUUCUACGGAGUCAAUGAGAUUGCUGUGAAAGUGCCUUCUGUUUCCAAACUGUUGAUUAAGGAGGUUCUCAACCCGUUUUACAUUUUCCAGCUGUUCAGUGUGAUCCUCUGGAGCACAGAUGAAUAUUACUACUAUGCGCUGGCCAUUGUGGUGAUGUCUCUGGUCUCCAUUGCGAGCUCCCUGUACACCAUCCGGAAGCAAUACAUGAUGCUUCACGACAUGGUAGCGGCCCACAGCAUCAUGAGGGUGUCCGUCAGCACCACAGAUCGAGGUAUCGAAGAGAUCCUGUCCACGGACCUUGUGCCUGGAGACGUCAUUGUGGUCCCGUUGAAUGGGAUGAUCAUGCCCUGUGAUGCGGUGCUGCUCAGCGGGACCUGCAUUGUCAAUGAAAGCAUGCUGACAGGCGAAAGCGUUCCCGUCACAAAGACUAACCUGCCGAAUCUCAGCGAGGACCCCAAAGCCCCGGAAGCUGAAGCGUACAGCCCAGAGGGGCACAGGAGGCACACCUUGUUCUGCGGCACGACUGUCAUCCAGACCCGCUUCUACACGGCAGAGCUGGUUAAGGCCGUCGUCGUCAGGACUGGCUUCAGCACAUCCAAAGGGCAGCUGGUCCGCUCCAUCUUGUAUCCAAAGCCGACCGAUUUUAAGCUCUACAGAGAUGCCUACAUGUUCUUGCUCUUCCUGGUCGGGGUGGCAGGCGUUGGAUUUCUCUACACCAUUGUCAACAGCAUUCUCCAUAAGGUUCCCGCCGGAAUCAUCAUCAUCGAGUCUCUCGACAUCAUCACCAUCACCGUCCCGCCCGCCCUUCCUGCUGCAAUGACUGCUGGGAUUGUUUAUGCGCAGAGGCGGUUGAAGAAGGCCGGCAUCUUCUGCAUCAGCCCGCAGAGGAUCAACGUUUGCGGCCAGUUGAAUCUCGUGUGCUUUGACAAGACAGGCACUCUUACUGAAGACGGCCUUGAUCUUUGGGGGAUCCAAAGAGUGGAAAAUGCUCGCUUCCUUCUGCCAGAAGAAAACGCUUUCAGCAAGCGGCUGGUCAAGUCUCCCUUCAUCGCGUGCAUGGCAGCCUGUCAUUCCCUGACCAAGAUCGAAGGAGUGAUCUCGGGGGACCCACUGGAUUUGAAGAUGUUUGAAGCCACUGGUUGGAUUCUUGAAGAGGCAACUGAGGAGGAAACGGCCCUUCACAAUCGCAUCAUGCCUACCGUGGUCCGGCCACCGAAGCAGCUCCUCCCAGAAUCUGCACCUGCAGCGAACGAAGACCUGGAGCUGUUUGAGCUUCCGGCCACUUAUGAGAUCGGGAUUGUGCGGCAGUUUCCGUUUUCUUCGGCUCUGCAACGGAUGUGCGUGGUGGCCAGAGCCCUUGGGCAAAAGAGGAUGGAUGCCUAUGCGAAGGGAGCGCCCGAAGUGGUGGCUGGCUUGUGCAAGCCAGAAACAGUGCCGAUUGAUUUUGAGCGGGUGUUGGAGGAGUAUACGAAGCAGGGGCUCCGCGUCAUUGCAGUCGCUCACCGGAGGCUGGAGUCCAGGCUGACUUGGCACAGGGUACAGAAUGUGGGGCGAGAGGCGAUUGAGGCCAAUAUGGAUUUCUUGGGGUUAAUUGUAAUGCAGAAUAAACUCAAGCAAGAGACGCCAGCAGUGCUCGAAGACCUGCAUAAGGCCAAUAUCCGCACGGUCAUGGUUACAGGCGACAACAUGCUGACCGCCAUCUCUGUGGCCAGGGACUGUGGGAUGAUCCAGCCUCCGGACAAGGUGAUCAUUGCGGAAGCGCUGGCUCCCAAGGACGGGGUGCCGGCCAGGAUCAACUGGCACUACGCAGACAUGCUCAGCAAGGGCACGGAUUCCUCGCCAGCCAUUCAGCCAGAGGAGAUCCCUAUUAAAUUGGCCCCGGACAGCCUCGAGGAACUCCCCGUGACCAAGCACCAUUUUGCCAUGAGCGGGAAGUCCUUUGCAGUGAUCCAGGAGCAUUUUCAGGAUCUGGUCCCGAAGCUUGUCCUCCAUGGCACAGUGUUUGCUCGCAUGGCACCCGAUCAGAAGACCCAGCUGGUGGAAGCUUUGCAGAAUGUGGACUACUACGUGGGCAUGUGUGGCGAUGGGGCGAAUGACUGUGGGGCACUGAAGCGGGCACACGGUGGCAUUUCCCUGUCCGAACUGGAGGCUUCUGUGGCAUCGCCGUUCACCUCCAGGACCCCCAGCAUCGCCUGUGUGCCAAAUCUCAUCAGGGAAGGACGGGCGGCCUUGAUCACGUCCUUCUGUGUGUUCAAAUUUAUGGCUUUGUACAGCAUUAUCCAGUAUGUGACUGUCACCCUGUUGUACUCGAUGCUGAGCAACUUGGGAGAUCUGCAGUUCCUCUUCAUCGACCUUGCUAUCAUCCUGGUGGUGGUCUUCACCAUGAGCCUGAAUCCUGCUUGGAAGGAGCUCGUUGCGCAAAGGCCCCCGGCCGGUCUCAUCUCCAGGCCCCUCCUGUGCUCCGUGGUUGCCCAGAUCCUGGUCUGCCUCAGCUUCCAAAUCCUGGGGUUCCUCUGGGUCCGGCAGCAGCCGUGGUACGAGCCGUGGAGCCCACGCUCUGAUGCUUGUAGCCGGUCCGGAGCCCCCCAGGCCAAUGCUUCUGUGCACGGGAACGAGACUCUUCACGACGAGCACAAUAUCCAAAACUACGAAAACACAACCCUGUUCUUCAUCUCCAGCUUCCAGUACCUGACUGUCGCCAUCGCUUUCUCGAAAGGGAAGCCCUUCCGACAGCCUUGCUACAAAAACUAUCUCUUCGUUCUCUCGGUGCUGGUGCUGUACGCCUUCACGCUCUUCAUCAUGCUGCAUCCCAUCGGGUCUGUUGACUGGGCCCUGGAGCUGGUGUGUGUGCCUUUCCAGUGGCGGGUGACGCUGCUCGUCAUCGUGGCCCUCAAUGCCGUGGUGUCCAUCCUGGUGGAGAAUGCCCUCCUCUUUGACACCGUCCUCUGGAAAGUUCUCUUCAGUCGAGACAAGCAAGGGGAUUUCCGCCUGCCCUCCUCCCACACACCACAGGACGCUCCGGAUCGCUGGCAAGGGUGCAGCCUGCCUGCUCUGCUUGGCUUUCGGAAGCAGCCCCCCAAGGCGAAGUAUAUGCACCUGGCCCAGGAGCUGUUGGUGGAUCCCGAGUGGCCGCCCAAGCCCAGCACGACCACCGAAGCCAAAGCCCCGGCCCACGAGAACGGCUCCUGCCGCAUCGUCACCAUCACGUAGCAGCGGGCUGCAGCCACGCCAUCUUCAGGGACAUCCUGCCUGCUGAACUUGUGGGUGCUGGACUCUUGGGGGGGAGCAUCCCCUCUGCCGCUCGAGCUCGGCAGCUCCUGGGGAAAGACGCUUUUCCAGAAAGCGCAAAGCAUCUUUCCAGCUCGUUUCCUUCUUUCCGUCGGCCAGUUCUGUCUUCAGGCUGCACUUCAGAACACUUCGAGGGAAAUCUUUGAACUUCCCAGUCGAGGGCCAGCUUGGUGUGGUGAAAAGCAGGCAGCUGUGUCUACCUCUGCCCUCUCGCCAGGGUGUGAACACUGGCCGUCUCUCGACGGACCCCUCGAGAGUUCACUGCUGUCACUUUUUCCAGCCCUUGUGCUUUGAGCUGCUCCUGGCUUAUUCUUCAGCUGGCUGUGCCAGAGCCCGACUGAGCAGAGGCCCAGCCAACGCAGAGUGUCUCGCCCGUUCUGACUGGGCAGGGCCUUUGGGUUCCCCCUGAUGCCCAGCAGGAGGGAAAGCGCCAACGUCUCCCCGCUCCCGCCAGACACACCCUUGAACAAAGGCUUCUGGCAGCUGGCUAGGCGGGGGGGGGGGGGACUCGCGCUUGUCAGCAAAGGGCUACGGUAGCCCCACUCCUCUGGAGGUGGCCUCCGCCAGUGUCGUUUCACGGGAUCCCUGUGGCCCACUCCACAAAUCACAGGCGCCUGCGGGGGCUGGGCUUCCUGCUGACCUACCCAAACUAGCAGGGGGCGAGGCAGGGAACAAAACGGCCCUUUAGAACGGCCCCAAACACUCUGGUGGCGGGACAGGAAGCCACCAUGGCAGGCGAGGAGCUCGCUUUUGCUCCAGGGGCCGGGUCGUGCUUUCCCACCAUUCAGUGGCGCUGAAAAGAGGCCAGUUUGAACGGCUGCGGUGAGAAUCAAAAUGCCAGGAACCAGAAAGCACUUUCAAAGCAGGGAGGAGCAAGAAUUCUAGGCAGUGCGUGCAUUGGCUGCAUGGUGCAGGUACCUUCCGCCACUCAUUGGCUCCCAUGGUGCAGGUACCUUCCGCCACCCAUUGGCUGCAUGGUGCAAGUACCUUCCGCCACCCAUUGGCUGCAUGGUGCAGGUACCUUCCGCCACCCAUUGGCUGCAUGGUGCAGGUACCUUCCGCCACCCAUUGGCUCCCAUGGUGCAGGUACCUUCCGCCACCCAUUGGCUCCCAUGGUGCAGGUACCUUCUGCCACCCAUUGGCUCCCAUGGUGCAGGUACCUUCCGCCGCCCAUUGGCUGCAUGGUACAGGUACCUUCCGCCACCCAUUGGCUCGCAUGGUGCAGGUACCUUCCGCCACCCAUUGGCUCCCAUGGUGCAGGUACCUUCCGCCACCCAUUGGCUCCCAUGGUGCAGGUACCUUCUGCCACCCAUUGGCUCCCAUGGUGCAGGUACCUUCCGCCGCCCAUUGGCUGCAUGGUGCAGGUACCUUCCGCCACCCAUUGGCUCCCAUGGUGCAGGUACCUUCCGCCGCCCAUUGGCUCCCAUGGUGCAGGUACCUUCCGCCACCCAUUGGCUCCCAUGGUGCAGGUACCUUCCGCCGCCCAUUGGCUCCCAUGGUGCAGGUACCUUCUGCCACCCAUUGGCUCCCAUGGUGCAGGUACCUUCCACCACCCAUUGGCUGCAUGGUGCAGGUACCUUCCGCCACCCAUUGGCUGCAUGGUGCAGGUACCUUCCGCCGCCCAUUGGCUCCCAUGGUGCAGGUACCUUCCGCCACCCAUUGGCUCCCAUUGUGCAGGUACCUUCCGCCACCCAGCCCCCUGGCACAGGCACGGUGGGCACGCCCCAAGGCCCACCCACGCCUGCAAACACAGCCGAGGGACCGUUCCUAAACCUGACACAGUGGAUUCUGGGAUGCUGAGUAGGGGCUCCUGUCAAGACACUGUGGAGUUUGGGGGCUGUGGACUCUCUUGCUUGGGCCCAAAAUAUUUCUGCCUCUGCCAGCCCCUUGGAGAAAACACCCUCUGAGGUGGCAGCACAGUAGCUCUGCAUUCUGCCCCUUCCUUCCUAAACCAAAGGGGGUGGAAGCCAGUGAUCCCGAGGCGGUGGGGGGCCAAGACCUCUGAUGCCCAAGCAAAUCGCCCGCCCUUGAGCAUGCAAGGUGCUCUCCCGGGUUGCGGGCUGCCUCGGUGGCUGCCCCAGCCCUUGCUGUGCGGGCGUUGCAGAUUCUCAGUGGUGCUCAGUAGUUUGCAAGACGGCUGGGCUUCAGGGUUGCCUCCCUCCCUCCAAGGCCGCGUGUAGCGUGUCUGAUGGCUGUCCCUGGAGACCGCUGACAGCGCAGUGGGGCAGCACAAGGCCUGUUGCAGGCGUUUUUAAAAUUCAGGUGACUUUCUUUUAAUUGGGGGGGGGGGAGACACCCACGUAGCUAUGCACCUUUGACCUGGGAACUGUGGCCGGCAGCCGCCUUGUUGAGCUGUAAGGGAACUGUGCGCGGUUAGUGGCACGCAAAGGGUUGGGAGGGGCCCGGUCCCAUGUGCCUUUCCCCUGCUCUUCCAUGCUGUGCAUCGUCCGUCCUCUCAUUUCAGCUUCCUAGCAGUUGGCGGGGGAGGAAUCGUGUGUUCUCCCUUGGCACUAAGGCUCCCUGGGCUGAAAGCAUCGUGGCAGCAUCGAGUGCGGGUGGGGUGGGGAAUAACCCCACCGCCCGCCCAGCUUUGUGUUCGCUCUUCAGUCGUUUGCAGCAUCUCAAGGCCCUUCCAUGACAUUCCUGGAUCGUGCUGCCUCGUUCGUCUGGAUGGGUUUGGAAGGUUGUGUGUGUGUGUGUGUGUGUGUUGUCUGUUUAGAACUGCAGGUGCCGGUAACAUCUUAGUGCCAGCACACCACACUGGGAAAUUCAGCUUGCGCGUCCAUGUCUGUAAUUUAAUUUUAAAAGGUUUGAUUUUUGUAAAAUGUUCUUUGCAAGCUUGUGCCUUCAGGGAAGAAGAACGGUUGCCUGCAGAUGUCCUCACGAGAUGGUCCGCUGCCCAAAAGUCCAGAGUUGCGUUGGAUUCAGAAUUCCUUAUUAAAUUAUUUGCUAGUUAUGCAGACCCCAAACCUCCAGUCUGUGCUGAGGGGGUGAGGAUCGGAGAGUGGUUGUUUAUUGUUUCCGCACAGACCAAUUGGACUGGCUUGCCCAAGACAGGAGCCGCUAAAUAACGUGUAACUUUAAAAAAUAAUUCUUAAAAUAAACAACCAGGUCUUUUAAACGAAAUGUUCCCUCAGGGUUAUUUUUAAAAUUUCUCUCUGCUUUCCUUUCUGGACAGUUGGUGGCAAUGGCGGGGCACUCGGGCCUGUCUGUAGCUGUAUUGAGGGAGCCACACGCCCCUGCCCCCCACCUCCGGCGACACGGGCGUUGGCGCCCCAAACUGAGCAAGAAGAAGGGGCCUGCCCGGCCCAGGACUCAGGGCUGUGGCUGCCAUAUGUGCUGUACUUGCCUAGAAGGCGGUAGAGAGGUUUUAUUUCCUUACAGCUGUUCCAUGGGAACGGUUAGCCAAUUGCACUCCGUUUUUUUAAUUUAUAUUUUUUGUUGGGAGUGUGUAUGCAGACUGUAUUGACUGGAAGAGUUGAUCUGCUGUAUUUUUCUGCCCAUACGCGAUUCCUGAGCAAGAGAGGGACUCUUUUCCUUGACACUGCAACUUUUCCCCCCUUUAAUUUUUCCCUGAUUAUCAGAGAUUUAAAUUCUGAAAUAUAAAAAUAUACAUUUGAUGAAAAGACUCAUCCCUUAGACAUCUCCGAUAUGUUGGUUUUCUGCCACAUCAACCAAUUUUCGGAUAGUUGGAUCCUUACCGCAUCUCCCCCCUCCCCCCCGGCAACGCCACAAGGCCUCGCCACCUCGGAAUGUUCCGGAAGCUGCUGCUUUGUUUCCAGGGGAGCGGCUGCUUCCGAGAUGAAGCCCUGUUGGCUGCUGCGUAUGGUACCUGGUUGUAAUAAAGGCAUUUUGUGUAAUAACUGUACAUUGUAAAUAACCUUGUAAAAUCAGUUUUUACGCUAGAAACGGUUUGAAAUAAAUAUGAUGCGGUUGCCCCUUUCGGUG